UUCGUUGAGAUGAGAAGCAAAAAAAUAAAAAUAAAAAGGUAUUUGUAAUCUUCUUCUUCUUAUCUGUGUUCCCAGGUCUUUGCGAUCGAUCUUCAGUGAUCAAUCGAUCAUGUCGAUGCUAGAUUCCUUCUUCAAUAAGGGUUUCAAAGCUGCAAAAUGCAAAACCUUGCUCAAGUUGACGAUCCCUAGGAUUAAGCUAAUCAGGAAUAGAAGAGAAGCUCAGAUUAAGCAAAUGCGUCGUGAGAUUGCUAAGCUUCUUGAGACUGGUCAAGAAGCUACUGCUCGUAUUCGGGUUGAGCAUAUUAUAAGGGAAGAGAAAAUGAUGGCUGCUCAAGAGAUCCUUGAGCUUUUCUGUGAGCUCAUUGCUGUCCGUCUUCCGAUUAUUGAGGCACAAAGGGAAUGUCCUCUAGAUCUAAAAGAAGCAAUAUCAAGUAUAUGUUUUGCUGCGCCGAGGUGCUCUGACUUGACAGAGCUGCAGCAGGUCCAGAUACUGUUUGUAUCCAAGUAUGGAAAGGAAUUUGUUGCCGCUGCAUCUGAGCUCAAGCCGGAUUCCGGUGUCAAUCGUAAGUUGGUGGAGUUACUCUCUGUCCGUGCACCUUCCCCAGAAACUAAACUGAAACUUCUCAAGGAAAUUGCUGAAGAACAUGAACUUGAUUGGGACCCUGCUUCUACAGAAACUGAUCUCUUCAAAUCGCAUGAAGAUCUCCUUGAUGGACCAAAACAAUUUGGUGGGGGAUCUAAGCUUCCACUACCGGAGGAACAAAAUGAAGGGACACAUUUGACAUCUAAUUCAGCGCCAAAAGAGAAAUCUGAUUCUGACUCAGAGUAUGAUAUAUUGGACUUUCCCGAGGUUCCAAAUGUCUUGCUGCGGCCAACUCCUGGUGCUACCCCUGUAAAUGCACCGGAUGCACCGAAAUCUGCUAGUUAUGAACAUACCUCUCACAACUUGCCCUUUGAUUCAGAGAAUGCAGGAGUCGAAAAACCGGCUUCCAAAAGAGAUGAACAUCCUGCCAAAGCUAGCAGAACUGCCGGGGAAGGCCAACAAUCUUCACCCAUUGUGAUGGAAUCUUUGGAAAGGAAAAAUUAUUCUCCACCUUCUCCACCAUCCGUUGAUGUAGUAGAGCCCGUCCCUACAAAAGAGAGUGGUACAUCGAGGGAUACUAUAAUGAAAAUAUCCGAUGGAGACUUGCAGGAUGUCCUAACAGCUGCUCAAGCUGCUGCUGACUCAGCAGAACGUGCAGCAGCAGCUGCCCGUUCAGCUGCAAGUCUUGCACAACUCAGAAUCUCUGAGCUUACCAAGAAGAAUUCUGAUCAGUAUCCAGAAAGUCCGUCAGAGAACCCUUUCCAUGCUACCUCAAUAGAAAACCCACAUUUUGAUCAUCAGCAUUCGCAUUCUUCGGCCAGCAGUAGCGGAGAUCUUACAGAGUUCCAGAGAGCAGAAACUUCAUCACUUUUCAACUCUGGGCAGAACAACCACCAGCCACAGAGACUCCCUUCAGUGGGAGAACCGCAGUUUGAUCAUCAGAACUCAGCAUUCAGCAGCUACGAUGAUCUUACGCCACAGAGACUCCAUUCAAUGGAAAAACCGCAUUUUGAUCAUCAGAACUCAUCAGUCAGCAGCUAUGGUGAUCGUACGCCACAGAGAUUUCCUUCAAUGGAAAAACCGCAGUUUGAUCAUCAGAACUCAUCAGUCAGCAGCUAUGGUGAUCUUACAGAGUUCCAAAGGCCAGAGUCUUCAUUACUUGACAGACUCAACCCUGACCAGGACCACCAGCAAAUGAGACUGCCUUCCAUGGAAGAUGACCCCUAUUACUCAUACCCGAAUCUGUUCUCAUCGCAGAAUCCUGAUCGCUCAUCUGGUUCUCAUUCAUUGUCAGACAAUACAAGACCUGCCCAUGAUUAACGCUUACAUGUUAUAAUGCAAGCUUGGUGUUUUUCAGUGUGUCUGCCUGUGCGGUUCCUUCUCUUGCGGAACAAAGAACUCAAAACGUUUUUUGAACACAGCCUUUUCUUCCUCUUUAUUCAGUGGAAGACAUAUGUAAUGUAUAGAAACUUGGUGUGCUUGAUUUUCUUAAAUUAAAGGCCUUGGCUUGCUCAAGAAA